UUACUUUCUUGAUCUCAGGAAGCUCAUGGCUGUUACAGGAAACAGUAACACUUAAAACUUUACUUAACCUGCAUUGUUGUUUUUAUCAAUAGAUAAUGGGGUUUCUAUUUAUAUUUACAUAGGUUAGAACAUCUUCCUCAAUUGAAAAAUGUACUGCUGCUCAGUGAUUGUACUCUAGGAAAUUGAGACUAGAUCUCUCGGCAGUGGCCCUCACAUGCAAAGCCAUUACCCUGAAUGAACUGGCAGAAUUACAUUCCGUUUUGUGGUGCUCCUGCUCAUUAGCACCAAAAGAGGCAAUUAUUCGUGAUUAAAGCCAAAGGAAGUAUUAUUUGAAAGGAUUUUCAGCUCUCUAAAAUUUUGCCUAUAAUCUUGUACAGUACAAAGCAGGAAAGGUAUAUUUCCAUUUAGAAAAAUAAUUCUCUAGGCAGCAUAUCCUGGGCCUUGCUGGUAGAAAUAACUCUUACCUUGUUUUGAUAAUUUCCCUUUUCUAUUAUGGAAAUUAACAGUGUUUGUAUCUGAGGUUUAUCAUAUAUACACUCAUAUCUUCUGAGCCUCCUCAAUUAAAACCAGAAUAAUAUAUAAAAGUAUGCACAUGGAUAAUGUUUUCAAAAAUUGGUAGUUUUUUUCCUUCUUGUUUGUAUUUUACUGGAUAUGUAAAUGUAGUAUUAGGGGUGCAUUUGGAGAAUUGAUUCAAAAUAUCUAGAUAACACGAUGACUAGAUAUCCCAUGAUAAUAGUCAUUUCUGGUCAUGUGUCACUAGGAACCAGGUCCUUGCUGAUUAGCAGAUUGCAGCUUGUCUGAUUAUUAACUGAAAGGAGGGAAAUUUAGGACUUUGCACAAUCUUCGUCAGGUACGUCGGAUGCCAGAACCGCAAUGUAAAUGUGCUCACAGAAAACCAUGAAGAAAUAAAGUGAAUUUAUUUAUUUAUUUAUUUUUUGAGACAGAGUUUCGCUCUUGUUACCCAGGCUGGAGUGCAAUGGCGCGAUCUCAGCUCAUCGCAACCUCCGCCUUCUGGGUUUAAGCAAUUCUCCUGCCUCAGCCUCCCAAGUAGCUGGGACUACAGGCAUGCACCACCAUGCCCAGCUAAUUUUUGUGUUUCUAGUAGAGAUGGGGUUUCACCAUGUUGACCAGGAUGGUCUCGAUCUCUUGACCUCGUGAUCCACCCGCCUUGGCCUCCCAAAGUGCUGGGAUUAUAGGCAUGAGCCACCGUGCUCCCAGCAAUAUAGUGAAUCAAAAGCUGUAUUAUUAGGUAUUAAAAGAUUAAGGUCUGAUUAAAGUAUAAAAUAACUGAAUAGCAGUUUUGGACUGAUUUAUAUAAUUUAUUAACAUUGAAGAAUGUGAUUCUUUUAAAAGAAGAAUUUUGAUUAUUUUUCUAUUUUUAGAUAAUAUUUUUAGUUAUUAAUUAAUUACCCUAAUCUUAUCUAUACUUUGCUGACCUAGAUAUCCAUGAAACCAGUAAUCUCAAGGAGGGCCAUCUACCAAAUGCAGUGUACCAUUUUUAUUUUUAUGGAGUCCUAGCUGUAAUAAUUUCUGAGGGCAAAACCAUUUAUCUUGUUCUCCAGUUUUGUGUGGCUACCAUUCAUAAGUAGUUCAUAAAUGUAGUUUCUGGUAUGCAUAGCAGCCAUCCAGACUUAAAUUUGUGGUCAUAUCUAUAUGCCUACAGAAUAAGGCAAUUCCUUAGCUCGGUAUUCAAGGUCUUUCAAUGUCUAGUUCCAGCCUGUCGGUUAGGCUUUUUCAUCUACUAAUCUCCUUUUUCUCAAAUAUUCUGAGCAGGAUCUUAUACCUCCAUUUUUUGUCUGUGCAAUCCAUUCCUUGAAAUGAUCUCCUCCUCCUUUCCUAGACUUUAUUAAAAAUCCUGCCCAUUGUUAAGAGCCAGCUGAAGAAUCUCUGCUUUUUGAUCCUACCUCCUGGAAUUUUAUGUCAUACUUUUAUUGGUUCCAUAUUCUCUGUGGCAUCACACUUACAUUCUGUUCACCCUUUUGUGAUAAUUAUUGAUGGAAGCAUCAGACUUCCAACUUCUCUGUAUCCAGUAGGACAGUUUCCUAUAUAAUAAUAUGCGUUAGAUUAUAUAAAUUAAAUUUUAUUGAUAAAAAUUAAAUUUCAGAUUGAUAUGGUUGCUGUCCACAAUGAUUGUCUACCUAAAAUUAAAAAGGAAUUGGUACUUACUAGGUAAAAGUUUAAGCUCUAAAUUCAGUAGCAUCUUACUUGUACAGCAUGAUCUGCCACUAAGACCUUCUGCAUAAGAGAACAGACAAUCCAGAUAACAAAGACAUUAUCUUCAAAUGCUGUGUCUUUAUUUUAACCAUUUUAGUGGAAACUGUUACUAGAAUAUAUCUUGUAUUUUUAAACUACAGAACACAUUAAACUCUUUAAUGAGUGGCUCAGGGCCACCCUGAUGAAUGCUGUCCACCAGGAUGUGACCAGGCAGUGAGGUGCUGAGGGUGUAGUUUUCAAUUUUCUUUUUCCUGUACACUUAGCAUUGUCCCUACUGGAGUGAGUUAAGGAGUGUGAUGAAAGGUUCGAAUAAAGUUGAAAAGGGCUCUCUGAGCCUGCAGAGUAGCCAUCAUGAGCAAAGCUCAAACUCCUGAGUUGAAAAUAUUUAUGGACAAGAAGUUAUCAUUGAAAUUAAAUGGUGGCAGACAUGUCCAAGGAAUAUUGCAGGGAUUUGAUCCCAUUAUGAAUCUUGUGAUAGAUGAAUGCAUGGAGGAGAUGGCGACUAGUGGACAACAGAACAAUAUUGGAAUGGUGGUAAUACGAGGAAAUAGUAUCAUCAUGUUAGGAGCCUUGGAACGAGUAUAAAUAAUGGCUGUUCAGCAGAGAAACCCAUGUCCUCUCUCCAUAGGGCCUGUUUUACUAUGAUGUAAAAAUUAGGUCAUGUACAUUUUCAUAUUAGACUUUUUGUUAAACUUUUGUAAUAGUAAAAAAAAAAAAAAAAAAGUUGAAAAGGGAUUGGUGUUAUUCCCUCAGAGAAAGGGAGACUAGGGGAAGAAUUUUAUAGCACUCAAAGAAAAUGGGAACUGGUGUAAACCCAAUAGAAAUUCAGUUUAAAACCAAAAGAAUUUCUUGGCUCUAAAAGUUUUAAGGAAGAUAGAGUAGGUGGCUGAAGAAAUUAAUAGCACCUUCUCUUGGAAGUUACUUAAAGUAAUGGUAGAUAAAUAUUUUUCCAGAAUGAUUGAAAUCCAGCCUUUUGCAGAAGGUAGGGAUGAGUCACAUGACCUCUCCUGAUCAUUUUUAAUCUCAUAAUUUGGAGCCCAAGAAAGAAAGCUAACUAGGGUUGCAGGUUUUCUAAAAUCUGCUCUGGUUUCUCAAAAGACUUUUAAUGGUUAAAUUUAUUUCAUUUCUAUUUUGUACAUGAGCCUGGGGUCUUUUGGUCAGGGAUGUAUUUUCAGUAAGUCAAAUGAGGUUGUAAAUCAGGUAGAUCUUUAUAAUUGCAGUUUAGUAAGCUGAAACAAGGUACAAGCAGGGAGAAAGAUACAACCACCCACUUGCACACUUGAUCACAGACGUGGGUGGAAUGUAAUGUGUUGUGCAUAUAUACAUGCUCCUAGACACAAUGGGUCUGUGGGCUGAUAAACCCAUUGUAAAGUGAAAAUAUCAUAAAUGGAAAAUACAUUUAAUACACCUAAUCUACCAACCAUCAUAGCUUAGCCUGGUCUACUUUUAAUGUGCUUAGAACACUUAACAUUACCCUACAGUUGGGCAAAAUAAUCUAACACAAAGUCAGUUUUAUGAUAAAAUGUUGAAUGUCUCAUGUAAGAGUGCUGUAUCACUAACCCAGAAAAGGAUCAAGUUUGGUUUUUACUGAAUGGUAUUGCUUUCACACCAUAAUAAAGUCGAACCAUUGUAAGCCAGGGACCAUCUGUGUAAAGAACUGCAAAUGGGGAGGCCGAGGCGGGUGGAUCACGAGGUCAACAGAUCGAGACCAUCCUGGUCAACAUGGUGAAACCCUGUCUCUACUAAAAAUUACAAAAAAUUAGCUGGGCAUGGUGGCGCGUGCCUGUAAUCCCAGCUACUCAGGAGGCUGAGGCAGGAGAAUUGCCUGAACCCAGGAGGUGGAGGUUGCGAUGAGCCGAGAUCACACCAUUGCACUCCAGCCUGGGUAACAAGAGCAAAACUCCAUCUCAAAAAAAAAAAAAAAAAAAAAAAAAAAAAGAACUGCAAAUGCAGAGCUUUGAACACUUUUCUUCAGGGCAGCUGAGUGAGGUGGAAUGGUCAUCCACGGGACCAUGUGCUGCUUGCGGAAUAAGUCAUUUGUCUUUCCCUUACUAGACAAGCUUCUCUGGGAUUUAUCAGAGCAUGGCUCUCCAGGAGGCCAUUUGCAAAGUUUGGCCAGAGUGACUAAAGGGCAUCAACUCCCAAUUUGCUCAUAAGCUCCCUAAUGGGUUUUGUGACUCUUUGCCCACAACUGGAAUGGGUGGAGGAGAGAGUGAUUGUCACUCCAAGAAAGAAAGUAAUGGCUGUUCAGCGGAGAAACCCAUGCCCUCUCUCCAUAGGGCCUGUUUUACUAUGUUGUAAAAAUUAGGUCAUGUCCAUUUUCAUAUUAGACUUUUUGUUAAACUAGCGCUAUAAUCCCAGCACUUUGGGAGGCCAAGGCAGGUAGAUCUUGGGAGACUGAGGCAGGCGGAUCUCUUAAAGCCAGGAGUUCUUUCUUUCCUCUUGGAUUCUAGGAUUCCCUCUCCUUCUCAAUCAGAAAAUUCUAAAGUUUCCCCCCAUCUCUUGUCUGUAAAGUCUCUCUCUCUCUCUCUCUCUCUCUUUCUCUCUCUCUCUCUCUCUAUCCCCACCAGACAUCUCAGAACUUCAGAGAACUCCCUUGCCAGCAAAACGUUUGCAGUUCCUUCUUCAGAGCCUCACACCAGCAAGGCAAGGAGCUGCUCUUCCAGCUGCUACUGGGCACUGGGGCCCCAGAGUGUUCCCUCCCUAGCCCUGGACUGCUUCUGCUGCUGGGGCUGCCCAGAAAUACUUUCUCCAUCUCACUAUUUUUUUCUUUAAUUUUGAAAUAAUUUCAGACUUAUAGAAAAGCUCUAAGAAUAAUAACAAAAAUUCCCAUGCAUUGUUGCUCAUGUUCACAUUUUAUCACAUCUGUUUUCUGCUCUGUUAUUCUGAAUCUCUCUCUCCCUUUGUUUCUCUCUUUCUCUCUCAUAGUUUUUUUCAGAAUCAUCUGAGAGUAAGUUGAAGACAUGUUGUACCUUUAUCCCUAAAUAUUGCAGUGUUUUUUUAUGAAGAUGCUCUCAUAUAUAGCCACAAUACAAAUUAUUAAAAUCAAGAUAUUAAUCUAUGCAAGUUGUUCAUACUUUAAAUUUUGCCAGUUUAUACUGAUGUUCUUUCUAGAGGAAAAAAAAAUCUCCUCCUCCAGGAUCACAUGCAGUAUGUAGUUAUUUUGUCCCUGGAGCCUCCUUUAAUCUGGAAUAGUACCUGGUUUUUUGUUUUGUUUUGCUUUUCUUUGUGUUUCCAUGAUUUUGAUAUUUUCGAAGUAUACAGGCCAUUUAUUUUGUACAGUGUGAAUCAGUUUGGGCUUAUCUGAUGUUUCCUCAUGAUUAGAUUCAGGCUGUACAUUUUUUGGCAGGAGUACCAUAGAAAUGACUGUCCCCCCAGUGCAUUUCAUCAGGAUCAUGUGAUAAUAUAUUUUUCUCAUCGCUGGGUUAAGGUGGUACCUGCCAGGUUUCUUCACUGUGAAAUUACCACUUUUCCAUUUGUAAUCAGUAAGUAUCUGGUGAGAAGAUAUUUUGGGAUUAUAUAAAUAUCAAUUCUCAUAUAAUUUUCACCUUCUAGUUUUACCAUUCAUUUAUGGCUCUUAUCUAAAAUAAUUAUUACUAUGAUAAUUACCAAAUGGUAAUUUUCUAAUUCCAUUCUUUCUACAGUUUAUUAAUUGGCAUUCCAUAAGGAAGAGUUGUUUCUUCUUCCCCAUUUAUUUAGUUUUUUAAUGUAAUUAUGGGUUUUAAUUUUACUCUAUGGGUUAUAACUUGUUGUUACCAUCAUUGAUUUUGAUGUUCCCCAAACAUCAAAUUGUCCCAGAUUUAUUUAGCAGCAACUAUUUGCUAAAGUGGGUUCUUGUGUCUUUUCCUCAUGCUUCCAGGAUGGUCCAGAUUUAGCUUAUCCUUUUCAUAAGCCAGCCCUGGAAUCAUCCGUUUCUCCUAAGAGCCUUCAUUCCUUAGAGUGGAGAACAGUAUUUAGGAACCAAGAUCUGGGCCAGGUGUGGUGGCUCAUGCCUAUAAUUCCAGCACUUUGGGAGUCCGAGGCAGGUAGAUCUUGGGAGACUGAGGUAGGCGGAUCUCUUGAAGCCAGGAGUUCAAAACUAGCCUGGCCAACAUGGUGAAACCCCAUCUCUACUAAAAAUACGAAAAUUAUUGUAUUUUUACAAAAUAGAAAAAUAUGGGCAUGGUGGUGUGUGCCUGUAGUCCCAGCUAGUCAGGAUGCUGAGGCAGGAGAAUUACUUGGGAGGCAGAGGUUGCAGUGAGCGGAGAUUGUACCACUGCAUUCCAGCCUGGGCAACAGAGCAAGACUCUGUCUUUUUAAAAAUAAGAAAAAAAAGCUUGACUGUCAAGUGCUGGAGGCAUAGGAACCUGGUUUUCUUUAUUUUUAAGCUGGAGAGCCUGGAACGUGUGUGUCCAUUAGUAGGAAGCAGAAAGAGCAGUGCUGACGGAAAAAAUUGAGGGGAAAAACAAAAAGCAAUAUCCACACGGAUGGUUCAUUACAAAGUCAGAACUGGCAUUUGAUGAAAUUCAAUAUUCUCUCCUAACUAGAAUACUCAAACCUACUAACUAGAACUAUAAAGAUUCUAAAUUUCAGAUUAGCUUUUUCUUUUUUGUUGGGGGUAGAGGUACAUGUAACUAAAGCUAUAAAGGGUAAAGGACAGCUGGGUCCAAAAGUCUACAAACUAAAGACUGUAGUUUUUUGAGACCAGAUAAACUUGCCAUUGAUAUCCAUGAAUGCCAAGCUCAUCAGUUAAGUAUCAACUGUACAUUCAGGCAUUUCUAAAAUUAGUAUGUUUAUUUGUAGUAUAAUCAUAAAAAUGUGUCAGCAGGUUCAGUUUUGGGCUUUCUUUAUUCAGUGUUGAAGUAUUGGGCAGUCCUUAUGGAUCAAGGCUAUAACCAUAGGAAGCAGAGUGAUUGAAUGAAUUGGGCAUUCACUUCAGGAAAUCCCCUUUGCUGGCUCGUACAUGCUGAGAGUUCACCUUGGCUUUUGUGAGGUCUGUGCACUAUUAAAAAACGGAGUCUAUAAUUAAUCAGCACUGCUAGAAGAUAGUGCAAAUGGCCUGGUUUUGUGCCACCAGGUUACGAACUUGGCUUCUGUCUUAAGUGUGGUUUGCAGCGUGCUUCCAUGUGUCCCCAUUUUUAGAAAUGAUACUCCCCUCCCCCUGCCACCUCACACAUAUACAACCAACCAGAUUUAAGGAAAGCAGGAAAUAAAUAAACUUUUACAGAUGCUUUGGGGUAUGAUUUAGUACUUGAGUAUUAAUUGGUGUGGUUUUCUGCACCGUCAUUCUUUCCUCCUCUGGUUUAAUGGUAGAGAUUUCUUCUUUAAGUACCACAACCGCACACAUCCAUAGAGAUCCCCGGGCUUGUCUCUCCUUCAGCCUCUUAAUCGUUCUUGGCUGAUUUCUUGAGGAAGUACCACACUGGAAGAGAAAAGCAUCUUCUCUCUGGUUUCUUGCUCCGUGCUUCUCUGCCCUUUUAAGUCCAUAAAGCGAAUUAGGAAGAAAGCCACAUACUUCAUCUCUACCUAGAGGGGUAUGAUGUCAGGAGGCUAACCAUAUCCACUCUCUCAGAGAGAAAGCUGCUUCUUCCCAGAAUCUUAGAUGCAAGUUACUGGGUUAAACACUGUAUUAUAGGACGGCUAAAUACAGGAGUACAUGUCAUAGUAGUUCAGGGUGCCAGCUCCUAACUUCUGGUUUUCACAGACUGCAUUCAGUGGACUAUUUUAUUUAAAAGAGCUUCCACUUACAAGCUUUUCAAGGAACAACUUAAGCGAAACUUAAUGUUUUUAAGCAGAGACUGAGUGGUUUCAUUCUACCUUAAAAUUGCUUUCUUGAAGUAAAUGUUUAAUACCCACUGGCCUAUCUCCUCUGGAAAGCAGGAGUUUCCAUUUAGAAGUCCAGUUGGUUGGAUUCCGGUAACCCCUUUCGCCUGACUGUGGUAAGCCCCAUGGAACCAGGGCUGUGCGGGAGGCACUGGCUUCUCCCAGAGGGCAGGCUGAGCAUACUAUCAGGGCACACGGCUUCCCCUCAGGAGCUGCAUCUGGGCCCUCAAGGCCCUGGUGAGAAACUGUACUCUCUAGCAGGGGUCUCUGGCUGUCUCUGUACCAUGUGGUCAGCUGAGGGCUGCGCUUCCCAAGAUGAGACCUGAGAAUGGGUACAGGUAGCAGACAUUGCUCCCUUUGCUCCUGUGUGUCCAGAACUCCAGUGCCUGUCCUAGCAGCCUCACCUAUUUACCCUGGGGAGCUGUGUAAAUUCUGUCAUAUCCAUGAGUCGGGAGAUCAUGAAGCACUCACUUGGAUCUGUCUUGGAGAGGCUGCAGAGUAAAUAUUCCACUUAUGGGCCCCACAAACCAAGCCUCAAAGGUGUGCUUGGAGGGACCAUGACAGCAUCUCUUAGGGACUUGUGUUAUUUGGUAGUUCUCUCUCUCUCUCUCUCUCUCUCUCUCUCUCUCUCUCUCUCUAGUGGGACUAACAAAGCAAACAAAAAAGUAGGCUAAGCAAGUACAGAGUCAUUGGUAAAAUUGCAUAGGUCUUUUAUAUACAGUCAUUUAUCAUUUAAAAACUGAGAUUUAUUUUGAGAAAUGGCACCAUUAGGCAAUUUCACUGAUGUAGUGUACUUAGACAAACCUAGACAGCUUAGCUUACUACACACCUAGGCUAUGUGGUAUAGCUGAUUGCGCCUAGGCAACCAACCUGGACAGCAGGUUACUAUACUGAAUACCGUAGGUAUUAAUAGUUGUAACAUAAGGGCAUUUUUGUAUCUAAACAUAGAAAAGGCACAGUAAAAAUAUGCUGUUAUAAUCCUAUGGGACUAUCAUUGAAGAUGUGGUCCAUCAUUGACCUAAAUGUCAUUAUGUGGUACAUGACUGUAUUGAUUAUUAAUUGCCCAAAAGUAAGCUUCACCAGAGUCUGGACUUCGCUCUCUGCUGCAUUCUGACCUUCUAGAAGAGCCUGGCACUUAGUAGGUUCUUAUUAUUUGUGGAAUAACUGCUACAUUAAUUAUGACGGGAAGAGCUUUUAAAAUGUGCUUUCCUUUCUUGUGUGUGAUUCCUAGGGAGAAUUUUAUUUUAUUAGAAGAGGAACAAGCAGCAUUGGUUUACUUACUUCCAAAUGAUGCCUGGUAUGCCCUGUCUUCUUUCGAGAUCUGGUACUUUUGCUGACAUUCAGCCUCUAUCUUAAGAUCAUUUAAGUUGCAUCAGAAAGAAGAUGUCACUGUCUGCGUGAAACCUUGGGCAGAGAAAGCAGAGCUGUGACAUAAUCCACAUUUAUACAUAGCUGGCUGAAGAGACACUUAUCUUUUCCUUACUUGUUCUCUUAUCAGAUAAUUCAUUUCUUGAUUGCAUUUAUUUUGGAAGGAAAAUUCCAGCUUUAGCCAUAAGAAGCUGUCAAGAAAGCUUCUCUUUGCCUAGCCUUCCCAGCAGCUACACUCCUGGGUGAGUGCAGUCAAGGCACUCAUUAAAGAAUAAUAAGUUAUGCUUUUGAAAUGGUACUCAAGUACUUCAUAGUCUUUUCUAAGAUAAGGAGCCUCCCACCUUCAUCCCCAUGACACUUGUAGGAAAAUACUAGACCAGCAGCUGUAUCCUUGGGCUUUUGCUGGGUUUUGGAAGACAUAUUUUGACCUGUGUAAUCAAGUAUAAUGAUGACAUUUAUUUGAAUAGGAUUCUAGUCUGUAAUAUAAUAAGGAAAAUGGCUAUUUUUUCUUAUUUUCUCAUUAUAAUAUGUUACACUAAAAGCUUUUGCCAUUACUGUUUUAUUACAUUGGUCUGAAGUACAAUAUAUUUUAAUAUGCUAAAGAUAACAUCAAGGUUGAAAAUUGAGCUCUCAGUGAUUUAUUCAGAGGUUGACUGUUACUGAAUGCAUCGAAAUGAGUUGCAUGAGACAGUGCAGCUAACGAUUUAUUUGUGUAUCCUUUUUUAAGCUAAGCUUGUCAUAAAUAAGAGCAAAUAAAUAGCUCUUAUAGAAUAGUUUGUAUUCAUUGCCUCAAUGAAAACAUUGUAAAUAUGAAACAUACGGUCUGCAGUCUCUCUCAUUUUUUCUGAAAGCUACUGUUUUGCCUUACAUAGCUCAGAAUUUUUUCAAGUUUUGGCAUGCAGGUGGUUUUUUUUUCAAACAAACUUUUUUGUCUGUUUGGAUUUCCAACACUGACUGGCAUUUGCAGUGAAACCCACUACUGGAGAAAUUCCAUUCAAAUAAUUGGUAUGAGAAUAACCUAAUCUGGACUAGUGUGAUAUCUUCCAGGAAGGAAAAAAAAAGAGAGAAUAACCUAAUCUUUUUUUUUUUUUUUUUUUUUGAGACAGAGUUUUGCUCUUAUUACCCAGGCUGGAGUACAAUGGCGCAAUCUUGGCUCACUGCAACCUCCACCUCCUGGGUUCAAGCAAUUCUCCUACCUCAGCCUCCCAAGUAGCUGGGACUACAGGCUGUGCCACCAUGCCCAGAUAAAUUUUGUAUUUCUAGUUAGAGACAGGGUUUCACCAUGUUGACCAGGAUGGUCUCGAUCCCUUGACCUAGUGAUCCACCCGCCUCAGCCUCCAAAAGUGCUGGGAUUAUAGGUGUGAGCCACCACGCCCGCCCUAGAGAAUAACCUAAUCUUAAGCAGUAACUGGAACAAAAUGAAAUCUUAUCAGGACCAUCAAGAGGACAGGGACUUGGUCAUGGCUGAACUCUGAGCCACAAGCACAGUGCCUAGCACAUAGAGAAUGCACAAUAAAGAAUUGUUGGGGGAGAUAAAUGAAUGCCUGAGUCUAAUCUACUUCUUUGUAUCAGUGUCAACACCUGCCAGAUGCAUUCAGCUACCUUUUGACCAGUAGUGCUUAAACUCAUAUCUCCUCUCAGUCUUUUAUUUAUCCCUUCAUCCCAUCCUUCAACAAACAUGCUUUACAUACACUGUGCCUGGGAUGGUCUAGGUGAUGAGGACAUAAGGAUGAAUGGCUUAGUCCUUGCUUAUAGGGUAGUAGAGGGUCAGACACAAAAUUUUUCACAGCCCUGCGAUUUCAAACGUGAGAGAAGCUGUGGCAGUGCAGAGGAAGAAGUAGUUCUAACUCUGUUUUCCAUUUACUCAGUUAUGACAUGUGGAAGAGAAGCAUUUUCCUCCCCUCCCCUCCCCUCCCCUCCGCUCCCCUCCCCUCCCCUCUUCUCCCCCUCCUCCCUUCUCUCCUUUCCUUUUUCCUUUCCUUUCCUUUUUCCCUUCCCUUCCCCUUCCCCCUUCCCCCUUCCCAAGUCUCACUCUGUCACCCAGACUAGAGUACAGUGGCAUGAUCAUAGCUCACUGCAGCCUUGAACUCCUGAGCUCAAAUGAUCCUCCUGUUUUAGCCUCCCAAGUAGCUGGGAUUACAGGCACAUGCCACCAUGCCUGGCUGUUUUUCAGGGGGCAGGGGUUGGGGAGUCGGGUAGAGACAGGCUCUUGCUUUGUUGUCCAGCCUGGUUUCAGACUCCUGGCUUCAAGCUAUCCUCCUGACUUCCAAGGCAUUGGGACUACAGGUGUGAGCCACUGUGCCCUGACCCAUUGUUAAAACAAGAUCAAGAAAGAUUUUGUUCUGCUUGGUUGAAAUUAGUGCUAUAACUGGUUUGGGUUUCUAGAGAACUAUUUUCCCUUGAACAUAUUUUCCAGCUUGUAAUAGAGACAUUAUGUUUGAGAUAGAAUAUUCUGAGAUGUUUGUUUGCAUUUACCCCCUCUCAUGAUGCUAUUUCUUUUUUCUUUUUCUUUUCUUUUUUUUUUCCCGAGACCAAAUCUUGCUCUGUCACCCAGGCUGGAGUGCAGUGGCAUGAUCGCGGCCUCUGCCUCCUGGGUUCGAGCAAUUCUCCUGCCUCAGUCUCCUGAGUAGCUGGAAUUAGAGGCAUGUGGCACUAUGCCCGGGUAAUUUUUAUAUUUUUAGUAGAGAUGGGGUUUUGCCAUGUUGCCCAGGCUGGUCUCGAACUCCUGAGCAAAAGUGAUCCACUCGCCUCAGCCUCCCAAAGUGCUGGGAUAGCCACCACGCCCGGCCCUAAACAACACAUUUAUAUCUUCAGCCGGUUGUAAGGCAGUUUUUUGGUUGGUUGGUUGUUGGUUGUUUUUCUUAAUAUCAUUUUGUAUUGGGUAAAACAAAAGAUUUUCCUUAACUUGUUUAGAAUUGUUUAGGAAAAUACUAGUUAGAAAUCUGCUUUUUUUUCUCCUCCGUAGAUUUGUGGUUAGCAUGAUUUUACUCUAAUAUUCAUGCUACAUUUUCAUGUUUACCAAUAUAAAAACCUCUGUUUUGUAAUUAUUUAUAUUGAGUCCUGCUUUGUGUUAUCAUAAUAGAGGAACUCUUUUUUUCAGCAAAAUUGUUUUAUAUUAAUGCUUCUAAAGUGUAUAAAGCUGGUUGAGUGAAUUAAAGGCAAUUCAGUUAGACACGUAACCAUUUGUCCACAUGGAAAUAAAUAUGCAGCAUAAUUCCACAGCAGCAGGUAUUGCUGAAAUCAUGAGAAAAUGUAAUACAGGAGCACAUCACUCUCCACAAUAAAUUUGCAUAUGUCCUUUUAUGGGGGCAAAUACAGUCAUCAUUUUACACGAAGUUGAAGAGUUAUUUCUGUAACAAAACAAAACACAAGUUCUUCUUGUCAUACUAGACAGCAAGGAAGCAAAAAUUCUUAGGGUCAUGUCAAAAGGACUCCAGAGUCAAUCUGAAGAGGCUGCAGCCAGAUAAUAAGUAUAAUAAUAAAGAUAAAAAUUGCAGUUUAUUGCAACUUAUCAAAUGUUUAAAUUCAUAAGUUCAUAAUGUUAUUAAAAAACAAACUGAUUUAGAGGAUGAUAGGAACCCAUUUAUUAGCUUGAAACUACAAAAUACCUGUAAUUAAAGCAUUUAUCCUGCCUUUCCUAUAUAAACUGUACAGUGAAGUAAUCAAGUAGUGAAGGAGAAGAAAUAUCAUUUUAGUUUUUUAAAAUUUGAAGCUUUUUGGAGACAGGGUCUUCCUCUGUCACCCAGGCUGUAAUGCAGUGGUGUGAUCUCAGCUCACUGCAGCCUCAAUCUCCCAGACCCAAGAGAUCCUCCCACCUCAACCUCCUGAGUAACUGGGACUGCAGGCACACACCACCAUGCCCAGCUAAUUUUUUAAAUUUUUUGUAGUCUUAUUAUUGUUGCCCAGGCUAGUCUUGAACUCCUGGGCUCAAGCAAUCCUCCUGCCUUGGCUUCCCAAAGUGGUAGGAUUACAGGCAUGAGCCACUGCACCAGGCCAGGCAUGGUGGCUCACAGUUGUAAUCACAGCACUUUGGGAGGCCAAGGCAGGCAGAUUGCCUGAGCUCAGGAGAUCGUGACCAGCCUGGGCAACACCGUGAAAGUAGAGACGGAUCUCUCUUAAAUACAAAAAAUUAGCCAGGCGUGGUGGUGUGCACCUGGAAUCCUAGCUACUUGAGAGGCUGAGGCAGGCGAAUUGCUUGAACUGGGGAGGUAGAGGUUGCAGUGAGCUGAGAUCACGCCAGUGCACUCCAGCCUGGGCAACCCAGCAAGACUCCGCCUCAAAAGGAAAGAAAAGGACAGAAUUAAAAUAUAAUCAUCUUGUAAUCUCCACCACCACCAUGAAUUAGUGGAUCUAGACAAUGAACAACAACAACAGUUGCAACAAGGACAACCAGAAAUUAUGUAUCUUCUGAUCAAGGAUAUUGGUAGUCUUGCCAGUGGAUUGAACCCAAGUCUAAUCAAGCCACUGGAUGUAGUUGCCAUGUUGCAAGAGAUACAGACUAAAGAGGAGCAUACUGAGCUGCAGUGCAAGUAGGAGAUCAGCAAAACCCAGAGUGUAGACACUAUAGGUCAAGUGGCCCCAGUUCAUCCACAGAUAGAUUGCAAGGAAAAGAAAGGGGUGAAGGUGGAACCCAUAGAUUAAAAUGACAUUAAGAUUUUUUUUUUAAUAGGCAAAACUGUUCUAAUGCCUGGGAUGUUUUGGUGAUGAAAGUAUAAAGAAAUGCAAGAGUUUAUUGUAAAAGUCAGGAUAGUGGUUACCUAUGAGAAAGAAAGGAGGGGUGAUUGGUUGGAGCAGAUAGAAGGUUUUUCUGGAGUGGCCAGCAAAUUUCUAUUUCUUGAUCCUGGGUGAUAGUUACAAGGAAAGUUACCUUAUAAUAAUCCAUUAAGCUCUAUAUUUUGUUUUUGUCAUUUUCUGUAUCUGUGUUUUAUUUUUGUUUUUUAGAAAAUGAUCGUCUUAAAAUGGGAGGUGACAUCAUCCUAUGGUAUCUUAGCACUCGGGUUUUUAUAACUCUUUUUUUUUUUUUUUUGAGACGGAGUUUCGCUCUUGUUACCCAGGCUGGAGUGCAAUGACGCGAUCUCGGCUCACUGCAACCUCCGCCUCCUAGGUUCAGGCAAUUCUCCUGCCUCAGCCUCCUGAAGCUGGGAUUACAGGCACGUGCCACCGUGCCCAGCUAAUUUUUUGUAUUUUAGGUAGAGACGGGGUUUCACCAUGUUGACCAGGAUGGUCUCGAUCUCUUGACCUCGUGAUCCACCCGCCUCGGCCUCCCAAAGUGCUGGGAUUACAGGCGUGAGCCACCGCGCCCAGCCCUGGGUUUUUAUAACUCUUAAAACCGAAACAACUUUUUUGAUUUAUUGGUAGCAGCCUAUUGGUCAUGUUUGAGAGAGAGAGACACAGUUUUUCACCUUGACUGCCUGAAGAUGAAAACUCAAGUGCACAAGUAUUUGGUGUACAGGCAUCAACUCCGUGUCAGCCUUUGCAUAGCCACCUUUAUGUGAAGGAAAUGUACUGAAAUUUACUUGAAUCAAAUCCUCUAUAAAGUGUUGAGUUUAGUUCAUUAGAAAACAGCAUUCCUGUAAAUUUCACUUUGACUCUCAAAGUUAGAAAAACAUAAUUGAAGGUUGUGCGUUAACAGAAUGAGGAUGAAAUAGACAAGGAAUGGCGAUGCAGAGUGAGGGUGGGGUACAGAGAAAAUAUUUAACUGUGAACCAGAGGAGAGAAAGAAGAGACACUGCAGCAUGAGAACUGUUUUCCCAUUUUUCUAUUUUUGUGGGAAGAACAGCACCAGCAGACACUGUAAGAUGUGUACAGGAAAUUUGCCCUUUCCUCCUCCUAGGUUGCUAAGCAGUUCUAAAAUUUGGGGCAGAUCUUUAGGCACUAGAAACUGGAGAAAAGAUGUUAAAAGUUAGAUUUUUAAGAAAGGGAUGAAAACGGCUAGGAUGUCUUAAAAUGUCCUGAAAUGAAGCUCUGCUAUUUAUCAGAAAAACAGUCUUCUUUCUUCUUAGGAAGAUGAUUCUCUGCUCAUAGAUUAGGAGUCCUGCCCUGGGGUUUGCCCAGCAUCGGAGCUUUUCUCCAUGAAGUUAAGAAUAUUAGUAAGAUUUUUCUCUACCAAAGCAGAAGAUGCCUCUGAAGACAGCUUUCGAUCCCUGUAGCUUUUCAUUUGCAUCCAGUUAAAAACUUACAGGCCAUAAUGAAUGUUUUUAGAGAGGAAAUAAAAUGAAUGAUGCCUGUGAAUUUGUUUUAAACAUUGUUUAUUUUACCAAAUAAUUUAGACAUAUCUUUCUUGAAGAGGAAGAGAAAUCACCAGAUUUAAUUAAUAAUCAGAAGCUUUUUAGAGGAUUUACUUUGAAAUACCUCCCUGCCAAUUUUUUAUAAAUUAAGCAUAAACUUUCUUUGUCCUCAUCACACAUAAUUAAAUAGCUGUGGAAGGGUUAAAACCAACUAAAAAGCGAUUCUGUAUCUUCAUCUCCAUUCUCCUGCAAAAUUAUACAGGAAGUUUGUUUCGGUUCUCAAGCAGGGUAAUUACAAGAGACAGUUACAUAAUUUACAGUUUCAAUCUACUUGUCCAUAAUCACACAUUUCUACCUAGUUGUAUAUACUCCCAUGAGUGUGUGUGUUGUACUUUGAUUUGUAAAUGAUGAUUACAGUGUGAUUGAUUCCUUGCAAUGUAGCAUAUUGAAAUGAUUUUUAAAAAAUGAACUUUAGCUGUUAACAUGUCUAUUUGAGUUCCUGUUAUUUACGUAGUUUGUGGUUCUUGCAUUCAGCAGUAGCAUACCAGCUAACAAAUUAAACUCCCAGAGCUUUUUUUCUCAUUAAAUUUGGAAAAUAGAGUAUCUGUAUAAAACCUAACUAGAGAAGUGCCUAGUACCUAGUAGGCACUCAACUGUUGAACACAGCACAAAACCAUUUUAAGCCUUUGAAAGUGGAAUGGAAAUUCUUGGAUUAACAUAAUAUAAAGACUUAUGGGGAUAAUAUUAGUAUAUUGUGGUGAAGCUCUGCUUAUAUUAAUGUAUUGUUACUGAAGUCUCAAAUUUAGCUAAACAGUGGACAGGAUAGCAGCUCAUUCCAGGGGUUUAGAGAAAUGUAUCAUCUACAACCAAAGGGAUAGUCAUUGCUAUCUUUAACACUGCUGGUGAUGAUAAUGUAUAUGUGUUUGUUUUUCUAAUAGCUAACAUCUACUGUAGCCAGUUUGGACUUUAAGAUUCCGUAAGAUUAAAGGCAAGGUCCCUACAUGACACCAAGUCUAUGGGGAAACCAGCCAGUCACUUGUCUGGCUGCCUCCUCCCACCCCAUCUCUGCUGCCCAGGGUGCCUAUAUAAUGCACAGCUUCAGAGAGGCCUCAGCAAUAACCCUGGGGGAACACAACCAUUGACCAGAGGCUUCUUACCUCAAAUCACGUUUCAAAGCAUUUGAGAGAUAAAUAAAAAAUAAGUGAAAAGAAAAGUAGACCAGUGGAGUGGGAUUGUUUGUCUAGAUAAUCUGAGGACAACUAGCGACAGUUUCUGUGUCUCACAUUUCUGACAAUAGUUGAUCAGUCAGAUUAGGUGAUGGGCUGUGCUUUGAUUUUAGAAAGUUAUCUUGAAAACUGACAGAUUCCCUUUUGAAAUGUACUUUGUUUGUAAACAAAGAAAAUUUCUAAGGAGAUUUGUAUUCUCAUUUUUUCUUUCUUCAAUCUUGCUGUGUAUUUUUGUUUGCUGUGUAAAAGCUCAUCAUCCAGAAUUGGAAUUACAACAUACUUUGUCCUAUUUUUAAAAAUUACAGCUGGUACACACACACACACACACACACACACUCCCUUCCACAUAAACACACAGCAUUUUAGGGGACUUCUAGGAGAGCAAGUGGAAAGGCAAGUUGCUCUUCCAACCAUCCUGUCUCCCAAACCUGGUUCUAGAAUCAGUGGUACUCCCAUGGUUAUGUAAAUACCACCCCUCUUCCACACUCCACAAUCCGUCUGUAUGGUUGGACCAGACCAGAUGACUAGAUAUUAGAAUGAACUAUCUCAGCUCCCCCAAUAGAACCUCAGACAUAUAAAAGUAGGCAAAAUAAGUCUCAGUUUUUGCAUUUAGUGAUUUAUUUAAGGAAAAUGUUUAAUUGCAGUGUUUUAGCAGCAGGAGAAUGGUCUUACAGGUAAAGCAUUUUAAGUGCAUGCAGUCAUUUGUUUGGAGCAUAUGCUUUAUUUGAAGUGUGUAUGUGUGCAUCAAGUUUGCAAUCUUAAAGCCUUUCAUUGGCAAGUUCUUGUUACCAGAAUUUUGUAACUUAGACUUGGAAAUUUUAUCCAAGUUUCAACUUGGGGAGCAAGCCUUGGGGUGGGGGGCAGAUAUUUAAAAUGCUUUCUUUUACUGAAAACUGAAGAAUUAUUUUCUAUUUCAAUCAUGUUAUUUUCUAUUUCAAAAACUAUUUCAGGUUUUUAAAAAUGAAUCUCUAAUGUAGACUCUUGCCUAUUAUAAGAGAGGAAAUAAUUUUAAAAUGCCAAGUUACCUCAUCUUAAAAUUUUUAAAAAUAAAUUUGUUCUUCCUAAAAUAUCCCAGAAUUUAAAAGUGGUUUGAACUGUGGAAAAUUAAAAGGUCAAAGAGGAAGACCUUCCUCGGCAUGCCUUUCUAAUUUCUGUCAUACUGAAGGCCAUAGCACUGGGGCUUUAUCAUUACCUAACUGAAAGUGCCUCUGGGUCACAAAUAAGAGCAUGAACUUAGUUUGGUGAUAGGCAGUGGACUUCAUGAACAAUUUGGUUAUGUCAACAAUUUGGUAAGCUAUACUUACAUCAGCAUAUUUUUAAAGAUUCUUGCCCUCCCCAAACAGUUCUAGUUUGGGCAUAAAUGAUACUGACAGAGUAUAACAUCUCUCAUUGCAUGAUGAUUUUAUCCUGUGUGGCAGGUGCCUCAUUUUCCUAACAAGGAAAUUGAAGGAUGAAUCUAUUCCAUAGUCAGUUACCUUAUUAGAAAAAUUUUAUUCUUCUAAUCCACUAGACCAGGAACUCAGUUGUGGUGACACACCAGACACUCACAAAUACUCCUCGCUGAAUGUUUAACAAAAUGAAACUCUGUGAAGUGUAUCACACGGUUCUUUACAGAGUGGCCAUCCUUCCCCCCGCCUCAACUCAGAGUGCCUCUGUUUCUCUUAAGAUUUGCCUGCUGCUGGGAUUUCUCAUUAGGCACCGGUGCUACCACCACAGCCCUGUGAGGUGGCAAAAAUGAAGAAGUGGUGUGGCACCCACUUUAAUGAUCUGGCCCAAGUAUAGUCCCCAAGGCCCUUUCCUUAAUGUAACACAUAAUAUAUCUGAAACCAGACAAGUCUGGGACAGGUAAGGGUUGAGGUUGGGUGGAACACAGACAUCUAUGGCUUUUUAAAGCCCCAAGUGUUUCUGAUAUGUAGGCAGGGUCAGGAACCAUUGAGUUAGACUCAAAGACAGAAGAAGGAGCAAUAGGCCAGGCACGGUGACUCACACCUAUAAUCCCAGCACUUUGGGAGGCCAAGGUUACAAGGGUUGCUUGAGCCUAGGAGUUUGAGACCAGCCUGGGCAACAUGGUGAAACGUUGUAAAAUACAAACAUUAGCCAGGCAUGGUGGUGUGUACUUGUCUGAGCUACUCAGGAGGCUGAGGUGGGAGAAUCUCAUGAGCCCAGAAAGUUGAGGCUGCAGUGAGCCAAGAUCACACCACCAGUGCACUCCAGCCUGGGUGACAGAGUGAGACCCUGUCUCAAAAAUAAAAAGAAGCAAUUUUCUCACUGGGUGAGAGAAUCAGGUAUAAAUGCCAUCUAAUACAGCUGUCUCUGGCCCUCAGCCUGCUUCUAUGUGGCACAUGUUACUCUGGCACCCCAGCUCAGGAGCACAUCCACAGAGAUCCACGCUCCUCGACACUGAGGCAGUGCAAAGGGAGGGAAGUCCCUUUGGUGCUGCCCAAUGCACUACUUGUGAAUUUUCUUUCUAAGCACCUGCACCCUUUUCCUUGGGGACUGACACGCAGAAUGACAAAGGAGUCCACACCUACCCAGAGAACCAUGGAACUAUCUGGUAAAUCCCAGCAUGGUUGGUCAGCUUGGACACACAAGCACACCACAGAGCAUCAGGGGAGUCAUGCUCCUGCUGUACAUCUUCCACUGGGGGAGUUGAAGGAAGACCAUUCCAUUCUGGAAUGGACUUAAAGGGGUGGGGACAUUCAGCAAGAAAAAUCAGUGGCCCCUAGAGGAAGAGUGCAGCACUGGAGGUCUGCUGAGGAGCUUGUGGGAUCCUGGAGAAGAGAGAUCUAAGAGAGGGGUUUAGAGAAACAGGCUGGUAUGUGACCCAGGGCAGCCAGCCUUCUUCCUCAAAGACAUGCUGUCUCCAUGCUCAGGGUUUUGCUGGCUCAGGCCAUUUUCCCAGAGACACACUUGAGUCUUGUAGAACAUUUAGGUCUUUCAUCUGUCCUGAGACUGUCCCUGGGCUCUGCUGAAGCCCUAAGCAGUCAUUGUUUCUGUGGUUGGAUGGGUUUGCUGUUUCCUAAGGGUAGUCCUUGAAGUUAAGAACUAAGGGGCCAAAGGGAAUUUGGGGGCACAGAACUGUGUUUGCUGGGAACUUUGUUGCCAUUUCUUAAGACCACUCCUGAGACCCAAUUUUUUUAUGGCCUCUUUCUUUAAUUUAAUUUAUAUCUGAGUGGUUAGCCGAGGGGAGGGGAGAGGAAGGAAGAAUGAGAUGAGAGGAGAGCUUCUGUCUGAGUCCAUGGAAUGGUUUUUCAGAUUCCUCAGGCAAAAGUAGGAAAAGAAAGUUAGCUUUUCUCAAUCUCAUUCUAUAGAGCAACCUAUAUGUCUGUGUCUCUAUAUCUUUUUCCUUCUGUUUAAUGUUUAUUAAUUCAUUUAAAAGAUUAUAAUAAUAAUUAUUAUUAAUUCAUCAUGUAGCAUUUUUUGAUGUGGCAUUAUCUCAUCUCAAUCUUUUUCCUUCUGUCCAAAUUUUAUUUAUUUUCCCUACCUUAAGGAUAUUCAGUUACCCAAAUGAUCACCUUGAGACUUGAUUCAUUCAUUAUGUUGAAUAAUAAUCAUAGCUAACACUUAUUAGGAUUACUGUAAUAUGCCAAGCACUGUUCUACAUGCUUCAUAUUAAUCCUUUCAAGAACUGUAAGAGAGAGAUACAAUAUUAUUCACAUCUUAGGGAUGAGGAAUCUGAAGCACUGAGGUUAAAUAAAAUCCCAAGGUCACACAGCUGGUACAUCGUGGACCCCAAGUUCCAUUCUGGGCAGUCUGGCUCCAGAGCCAGACUCAUAUGUUCACCAACCCAUAGAGCCUCUCAUGAUCUGUCGUAUCAUAUUCAACAUAUGACAUAUUGUUUUAAAAUACCGGUGGCCUGUUCCCCAACUUUAAAAAAUUCUCAUCUUCGUUUAAUGCACAUGGUCGCAAAGUGUGGUUCAGUGAGUCCACAAGGUCAUAACUAUUUCCCAAGUAAUACCAAGAUACUCUUUUUCCUUUCAUUUUUUCAUGAGUAUACAGAGGAGUUUUCCAGAAUGUCAUGACCUGUGAUAGCACAGCAGAUUAAAUACCAAAGCAAUCUAUGAAAAUCUAGCAGGCCAGGUGUGGUGGCUCAUGCCUAUAAUCCCAGCACAUUGGGAGACUGAGGUGGGAGGAUCGCUUGAGACUGGGAGUUUGAGACCAGCCUGGGCAACAUAGGAAGACCCUGUCUUCUUGAAAGAAAGUAAAAGAACAAAAUAAAAAGAGAGAAAGAAAGAAUCUAACUGGCUUCUCUUAAGCCAGAAGUUAAAGAGAUUUACAAAAAAUAUAUAAUAAUGCCAUUCUUUUCGCUAUAAAUUUUAUUUAUAUUUUAGAAAGUAUAAGGUAUUAUUUUCAUUUUUAAAAAAUGUUACAUGAUGGGCUGUUAUCUUUUAAAUGAAUUAAUAUUUGUCAUAUUUCUCAGUAAAGUCAAUAGACAGAGCCCUUAUAAGCAAAAGCUCUCAGUCCUGAGACCAAAGCAUUUGAAAACCACCGAUUUAAAGUAUAAACCAUUGCUAUUCAAGUGUGGUCCAUGGCACAGGAAGCUGUUGGACAUGCAGAGUCUCAAGCCACACCCCAGACCUGCUGAACCAGAGCCCAUGCUGUGAACCAGAGGUGGUUUGUCCGCACAAUAGGAAGUUGAGAAGCAGAGGCAUAGAACAUCUGCACAAAGCGAUUUGGCAACUCAGUGACUUCUAGCUAAGUAUCAGUCUGGUGGGGCUUUGGAGAGUCCAUUCUUUAGUUAUCUGCCAUCCAAGGAGCUGAGUGAGGUCUCACCUAUUUAAGACUCUUCAGUCCUACUGUCUCUUCAGUGGCCUUACCCUCAUCAAAGCCAGCAGCUUCAGAGCAGGGUUCUAGCAGUGGUUUUCAAACUCAGGUACAUCAGAAUCACUUGGGGGACUUCUGAAAGCACAGGAACUAAGCCCUGCCCCUCCCCGCUAAAGAUUCUGAUUCAGCAGGUCCGAGAUACGUUCUGAGAAUUUAAAGUUCUAGCAAGUUCUCAGGUGAUGUUGAUGCCACAGGUCUCCACACUGAGCUCUUGAGAAGCAGCAUUUACUCAAGUUCUUAUGUAAUUAUGUCAUGCCCAUAGAACUUACAGAGGAGUGGUCUUGAACUUCCACAGUUUCAACACCAAUCUCUUAAAAUGUAAAAUAUCUGAAAAAUUCGAAAUUUCCCUCUUUGCCAAGGAGGCAUCUGUACCUUUUAAUAAGUGGACAGCAGUAAGAUAACAGGCAGGUCACAGGUCAUUUAGAGCACAGCUGUUCUCUUAAAAUGAUGUGAGAACUAAGGUGCAGCUUCCUUCUGCAAUAAUUGCAAAAUCACCACAAAAUUUAAAUGAGGAGAUAUAAAUAGACUGUCAGGUUCAUUUAUCAUUAUUUAAACUGAUAACAUGCCAUUCAUCCACUUAGUCACAGUGCUGCUCGGCACCAGAAACCAGGAACGGAUGAGCGUACAGACCAGUGAAUUGCCAUCUCCAAGCAUGAGAUAACUUGGUUAGAGUCAUCAGAUUUCCUGUGCUCAAAAGCUGCCAUAAAUCCCUGGCCUGGUAUCUGUUCCCAUGCUUGCAAACCCAGUGCUGUCGACUGAUACAGACCUUUCAGCAGGAUUUGCUGAACUAAACAGGUGUCUGAUGAAAAGUGUGUAAUCCUCAAAGAUUAUCAUCCCCUAAAAGCAGCUGGUGACCCCUGAACUCACAUAAUCCAGACAGAUGGAAGUUGGGAGUGAGUAGCUUGCCAAAGUUUACACUUUUGGUGUGUGAGGAGGUUCAUAUGGUUUGGUUCCAGGUAGUAGAAGAUAGAGGCGUGCAGUGGUGAGGGUGUCUGCCCCUGUCGGGGGAGAUCCCUGUCUCUGUCCAUGCCCUUGCCUGAGAACAUUAUUCUUUGGUCCAUUUGGAAUUUUCAUUUUAAAUGGGUGUUAACCUUAGAGUUGUUAUGCUGGGAAAUAAAUUUAAUUUGGGAAUUUGGGUCUGCAAAUACAAAUCUUGACCUUGUCUAGAUAGUUCCUUCCUUACCCUAAUAGAUCAUCUACAUGAGAUAACUCUCUACCACUUUUAUUUUCUCCCCCUGGGAGAGAGUUAACCAUUUCACAUGCCAGGAAAUCAGGGCUAGCUAACACGGGACUUGAUUUUCUUACUACAAGUAGUUCAGCCUUAACAGAGGUGAGGCAUGCUCGGGUUCCAUGCAGUACAGCUUAGAAAUGCUUACUUUCUGUAAACAUCGCAUUGUUCUUCCUUUCCCUUUAAGCAGACAUCUUGAUAAUCUUUUGAAUUGAUUGUGUGGCCUGUAUACUGAAACUCAGAUGUCACCUUCCCCAGGAUAAGUAUUCCAGUAAAGCAAAAGAGGAAGCCAGCUUUUGCUACAAUCAAGAUAGUUGAUGUGGAUGGGGGGUUUAUGGGCCACCCCAUUUUCAAUUACAAGGCUCCCACUCACGGAGUAAAUGCUGUUCACCAGCACCUCUGGCUCACAGACAAGUUCAAGGGAAUAAUUUCACCAGCGAUUAAUUAUACUGCAGCUCCUGGGAUUUGUCCUCCAAACAUUACUUUGUUUUCCAUCUGAAACAGCGAGGUUUCCCCAGGGGGAGCUGAGAUUUUCUGAUUGAAAGUAUCUUGAGUUAAGGAGAAGUGUUAGAGCACCAUGGGAAUCUAUUCACCAGGGGUAUAUUGUACUUGUUUCAGAUCCUGCAGGAUAAUACACCAGCUUCCAAGAUAAGUGCUUUUUUUUUUUGAGAUGGAGUUUCACUCUUGUUGCCCAGGCUGGAGUGUGUAAUGGCGCUGUCUUGGCUCACUGCAACCUCUGCCUCUCAGGUUUAAGUGAUUCUCCUGCCUCAGCCUCCCAAGUAGCUGGGAUUAUAGGUGCAUGCCACCACACCCAGCUAAUUUUGUAUUUUUAGUAGAGACGAGGUUUCUCCAUGUUGGUCAGCUGGUAUGGAACUCCUCACCUUAGGAGAUCUACCUGCCUUGGACUCCCAAAAUGCUGGGAUUACAGGCGUGAACCACCACGCCCGGCCAAGAUAAGGGCUUUUUAUUUCCCUGCAUCUUAGAUCAAUUAUUUGGAAUCUUUUUGGUAAGUUAAAGUUAAGAGCUGUAACUUAAACCACCGCAUCUCUGUGUUAAAAUGUUCUUACCAAAAAUUAUUCGUCCAAUGGGCUAUAUCGUAAUUAUGUUGUGAAGAACCUAGAAAAAGUAGAAAGAGGCCAGGUGCAGUGGCUCAUGCCUGUAAUCCCAGCUCUUUGGAAGGCUGAGGCAGGUGGAUCACCUGAAGCCAGGAGUUUGAGACCAGCCUGGCCAACAUAAUGAAACCCUAUCUCUACUAAAAAUGCAAAAAUUAGCCAAGCGUGGUGGUGGGUGCCUAUAAUCCCAACUACUCAGGAAGCUGAGGCAGGAGAAUCGCUUGAGCCUGGGAAGUAGAGGUUGCAGCAAGCCAAAAUUGCACCAUUGCACUCUAGCCUGGGCAACAGAGCAAGACUCUGUCUCAAAAAAAAAAAAAGCACAUAGAAACAAAAGGUGGCAAGAAAUUCCUUUUUAAGAACAUCACCUGUUAUAAGGGUCAGAGUAGUGAAGUGCCACCAGCUGCAGCCUUCUGAGAGGAAGUGCUGCUGCAGGUUCAAAUGGAAUUCUGUUCUACAUCCAGUAAGUGCGUGAGUGGAAUGGACAUGACACAGACUUGUCUUCUAAGCUGUACAGUUUAAUAUAUUACAAGUGAGUUCACUUAACUAGUAAGGAAUCAGAAAUGUAUCUUUGUUCAUUUUAAUCGUUCUUACCGAUUCUGUUUUCUCCUGCAUUAGGAGACUUUGUGGACGUCCAAAUGGCUCUUGGUGUACAUGCCAAUUCCUGCUAUUAGUUCCUUCAGGGUCUCAUGAGUCAGAGAGGAGAGGGAAAAACCCACUACAAGUCAUGCAGUGGUCCCUUCAGAUAGUGGCCUUUGCAAUCUGCAGUGUGGGUACACGUCAUGCCUGCACAUGUGCCUGCUGUGCUCUGCCUGGAGGUUGAGUUUACAGUUGUUUCUCCCCAGCAUCCGGGGAAGCAUGGCCUCCUGGCAGGUGCUGGCCACGCCCUGCUUUCUCCUGACUUUUGCAAGCACUGUGCAAGGGUGUUUGUUGAGAAAGACCACUGAGCUCUCAGUGUACCCGUGCCCAUCAGGGCUCAUCACCUUGCUGCCACCUCCCCAGGACGCUUCUGUGACUGUCAGUCUUAGCCUGAAGUCUGUGUCCAAGGCAGUGUCCCAGUAGACAGCCACUUAAUGGUAGGAGUAGCAGGUACUAAAAGGUUUAUGCCUAAAUGAUCCCCACGGACCCCAAGUUGUCUGCUAGUUUGAGUGGCCUAACCAAUUUAGGCUCAGGCCCUGACAGGGUGUGUCUGCACCACUUCAGGAUGUGAAAGCAUGAACAGCUGGGGAAAGCGUGGGUUUUCCUCAUGCUGCCUGCUGCUGCCUUCCAGAUUAGGGACUGUAGUGGGGAGACAGAACAAAGGAACACAUGUGCUUCUGGGUAAGCUGGCCCUUCGUAGUGGGGGACAUAAGGUGGGGGGGGCACGUACCACCUUCUGAACACUUUAGUUGUACAGAAUUCUUUCUGCAAGACUGAGAGGAGUAGGCUUUCUGUCCUUGACUGCGGGAUUCAAAUAAGCACCAGUAGCGGGCCUGGGGACUUUCACACUCACUGCAGGGGACUUUUAAUUGUGGGAUCUCAUGGACAAAAGAGGAUAGUUCCAUAUCCACGGCUCUGUGGUUCUCACCCCUCCAGGAGUACAGAGCUGGGACCCCCCCUCAGCCACCUGAGAACAUUUCUCAGCAUGUGCCAAGCACUUUGGAGGCAGGUGACGGAUGUGCCAAUUAUCUGUAUUCUGAGGUGUAGGCUCCCUUCGUACUCUGGCGACAUAGAGACAGAGAGAGCUCUUCUCCGUGUUGACAGGACACAAUAUGGGCUGGCUUCGGCACAGUGGCCAUCACUGUGUUAGCAUUCCUGACACACUGCUAUUGAAAGCCCUAGUCUGCUGCCAAAUUACAUGUAGACAGUGGUUUCACUGUAAAAUGUUGCGGUGCUUGUUUGCAUUCAGUCAAAUACUUUGCACUUAAACACGGGUUAAAGAGACAAAUGAGUCAAAAGACUUUAGCAAAACCUGAGGUUAAAUUUACGCCUAUUCUUUUUAAUGGUAUUCAGAUUAAAGCCAUCAAAAUGCAAAAUGCUGUGAUUAUACCCUUUGAGGGUUCAGGCUAGAUUCUUGUUUGAUAUUUCUGCAUUACUGUAUUUGCAGUUAUUUUGAGAGGCAGGAAAAUGCAUCAGAGGCAUUGAUUCUUCUUUAACAAAAAAUAAUCCUAAAAUUGAGAAAAUUCUUGAGAAUGCAGCCAUUUUGGAAAUGUAGAUGAAGAAAAAUGCUGAAGAUUUGGGUGGUUUACGGAGCAGUAUGAUUUUGUCAUUGCUGCCACCUACUGUAUGUGGUUGAUGUUUAUUUAAACUUAGGAAGUUCAUGAAGGUGAGGCUGUUGAAAUAGAUAAUUAAAGCAAGGUAGACAUCAUUAGUUUAUAGCAUUUCUUUUCUACUCCAAAAGUGGCUCUUAAUUACCAAGACAGCCGCCAGCUUUCACUCAUUACCUUUAAGUGGAUUUAAAGAGUUGGGUUUUUUUUUCUUUUUGAAAGUUCCCCUGCCAAGGAACCUUCACAGUAAUGCUGUAAAAUGCGUUCUAAAGCUUAGGAUGCUAGGGGAUUUUCUGAGCAUACGUGCAAUAGGUUGUUUUAAGGAGUCUGUUUUGUUUUGUUUUAAUUUGUAGGAGCAAUGUUCUGGGAAUGGAUUGUAAAUGAAUUUCUAUGAAAGAGGUGAAAAUAGAGCUAGUGGAGCUGAUGUGAGUUGCAGUUGACUUGAAAGACAUUCUUUUAUUAGUCCUAAAAAAAAGCUUCAAAUCAACCUGCUAGUUAAAUGUAACAAGCAGUAUAGACUCUGAGUCAACAGAGGUCCUUCUCUUUUUAUUAAGACCCAGCUGUCAAAGGGUCAUUAGGUCCUUCCUGUGGAAAACAACUUGCCCAUUAAUGUUUGGGGUGGUCCCUCGACAGGAUUUCUGAGUAAGUGCCUGACAUUUCGUUUUUGAAAGAGUCUAAAGCUGUGGGAGACUUAGAUGUUGAGACUUACCAGAAGUAAUGUCUUCGACCAUAGCUUUUAGUCUUUGUUAAAUAUGCCACAGUAUAUGUUUGGAAUGCUGCUGCUAGCUGGGGAAAUUGACUUAGAGUGCCACUGUCAAAGUUUCAGGAGCAUAAACUUCACAGAGAUCAAAUCACUGUAACUGAGAAGAGGCUACAUUCCUAAAGCGAAUGCACUCCUCUGGUGUGAUGUUUUUACCUUUUCACUGCUCAUAUAUGUCUGGUGGCUCCAGUUCUGGGCUCUGGGAAUGCAACAGUGAGGAAUGCCCCUUUAUUUUUUCUU